GCCCAGAGCGGCGCGGGCGGAGCAGCCGGGUGCUGGCGGUCAGCUCGGGUGGCGCUUCCUCUGCGGCGCCCAUGGGGACAGGACGACUUUAAAGGAGUUUGGGGGGGUUCUGGCGCUGGGCGACCACGGAUCCGGCGAUUCCUGCCCUCGCCUCGCCCUGUCAUUGAUGGGAAAUCAACUGGAUCGCAUCACCCACCUGAAUUACAGCGAACUACCGACCGGAGACCCCUCGGGGAUCGAGAAGGACGAGCUGCGCGUCGGGGUGGCUUACUUCUUUUCGGAUGAGGAGGAGGACCUGGACGAGCGAGGCCAGCCAGACAAGUACGGCGUGAAGGGCUCCGGCAGCCCUGGGCAGGAGACGCCCACCCACCACCUCCACCACCAGCUGGUGCUGAACGAGACCCAGUUCUCCGCUUUCCGCGGCCAGGAAUGCAUCUUCUCCAAGGUCAGCAGCGGCCCCCAGGCUGGGGACCUCAGCGUCUACUCGGUGUCAGCCCUGCCCGCCCUCUGCAAGCCGGGGGACCUGCUGGAGCUGCUCUACCUGGGGCCGUCGGAGCACCCGCCGCCGCACUGGGCCGUGUACGUGGGCGGCGGGCAGAUCAUCCACCUGCACCAGGGCCAGAUCCGCCAGGACAGCUUGUACGAGGCGGCCGCGGGCAACGUGGGCCGGGUGGUGAAUAGCUGGUACCGCUUCCGCCCGCUGGUGGCGGAGCUGGUGGUGCAGAACGCCUGCGGGCACCUGGGCUUAAAAAGCGACGAGAUCUGCUGGACUAACUCCGAGAGCUUCGCCGCCUGGUGCCGCUUCGGGAAACGGGAGUUCAAAGCCGGGGGGGAGCUGCAGGCGGCUGCUGGCACCCAGCACCAGCAGCAGUACUAUCUCAAGAUCCACUUGGCGGAGAACAAGGUGCAUACGGUGAGGUUCCACAGCCUGGAGGAUCUAAUACGAGAGAAGCGCAGGAUCGAUGCCAGUGGCAAACUGAGGGUGAUCAAAGACCUGGCUAUAGUGGAUGGGAAAGAAUAGGGGAGGAGCAGGAGUACGUGGCUAUCUUCCUUCUGCCCUGCCCGGGGAGACCAGCCUGCCGUAGAGUCAGGAGCUGCACCCUCCUUCUGUGGGACGCGACUGGAAGCAGGAUCCAUGGCAACAUUCCAAAAAAAACCAGCAUUCUUUACACCCAUAGCCAGUAUUUUGUUUGGCUUUUAAUAGCAUUAAUGCUAAAGAGCGAGAGAGAGAGGAAGAAAAGAGGGGGGAGGUGCAGGAAGGUUGUUCUCAGAAUAUGUGGACAAAGUCUCUCCUGUCAAUCGAUGUUGACCAUUCUAGCAACAUGCCAAUAAAAUUUCAAAUUGAAAUUUCUUUUUAAAUUUUUAUUUCAUGGCUUUAAUCCAUGAUAAGUUUUAAGCAUCUGGGACUGUGGAUGUGGAUGUAGCUAAAUGAGAUUCUAGCUAAUAUUUGUUUGCCUUGUGGCCAACCAAAAGCAUCAGUCAUACUUUGCUAACUGGGAGAGGAAGGGGGUGUUGGGGUGGGGAUAAACGCCUGUUUGUUUUGUUUCGUCACACUGUUAGUUCAGUCAGUAGCUGCAGCCCAAAUUUUGUCCCAGUCAACUCUGGCAAGCUAUUUAUUAGGAAAAAAAUACUUUUCACAUUUCUGGUUGAAAUCUAUCACAUUUGAAAUAUUUCCCUUUGCUUUCUGUUUGCAACUUUCUGCUAAAUGUCGUCAUAAUGCAUAAGCUCUUCCCACCUCUUCCCUCCUCCCACCCUCCCUGCUUUUUUUUGGGUUGGUUUUUUUUUUUUUUUUUGUUGUUGUUGCUGGUGGGCAGCUGUUUUCCCAAAACUAAAGUCUGUGGUUAAAAGCAAGUGGUGGCAUAUUUUGGAGAACAGUGUACUCAGAUCCAGCCACUUUCAUGCUUGAGCUGUGGAUUUUGUACCACUGCUUCGAUGUCUCUUCAUACACAGGUCAACAGAAUCCUGCAAGAAACAAUUUUGAAUUCUGCAUGUUGCCUCUUUGGAACAGCAAUUUAUUGUAUUUACAAUUCCAAUUAAAGAAAUAGAUGUAAUAUGGCCAAGUUCAUCUUGCAUUUCAAAUUCCCAGCAACUGAAAAUUCUGUUCAGUGUAAGUUUAGAAAUCCACAGCAGCAUUUAAAAGAUGCCUUUUAAUGUGAUGUGAGCAAUGCCUUGUCUGUAUUUCAGAUCCUGUUCACUCAUUGCUUAAUUCUAAGUUUUGAAGUGAAAGAUCAGAGAAUUAAAUAUAUUUUUUAAAAAAUCUAAACAAGUAUACUGGGGCAUUUCUUUUUAUUAUUCUGAGCUGCAUACAACUUAUAAUUGUCUUUGCAUGUUUCAGUGCAUUUGGUUUUGUUUUCUCUUCCCACAUCAAUGUCAGAUGACAGAAGUAGUGGUGCUCUUUUGUAUACAUCUGAUACACUCCACCCUCUAUCAAUGUACUGGUCCCAUUUUUUUUUUUUUUUAAUUAAACAGUUUCAUAAGCAACCUUGUUGCAACAGAAAUUUCAUUUCUAUAAAACAUUUGCCUACUAUAGCUGAAGCUGUUAGGGUGGAGUGUAAUUCAUUAUAAUAAAAGUGUUAGCAUAAAUAUCUUAAAGAAAAAAAACAAAAACCUGUACCCCAAAACUGCACCUCUUCAGUGAAGGUCACCUAAUUUGCUUUGUCCUUGCUAAUACACACAGCAAAAUUAUGUGGCAAUAGGGAGUGUUACUUUUAUCACUUUCCCUAAAGUACCUUGUUAAGUACAACAUAGGGUAAAAUUGUGAAUUGUAAUUACUGUUGAAAUAACCUCAAACCACAACACACUUUUUAACAAAUGUGUAAUAUUUUAGCUUUAUGUAGAUAAUAGUGGCUGAUGAUAAUUUUUCCCAUAACAUGAACAGAAUCUUCUACCUGGUGUUUGUGUAUCUUAUUGUUGCACAUUAGAUUGUCUAAAUCGUCUGUUAGAACUGACUUCCCCAUACCACUUGGUGGGAGCACUGUGGGUUUGCAGAAAGGCAUUGGCUUUAUAACAAGGCACUUACAAAACACUGGUAGGAGAAUGAAAGAAAGGUGGGCAAAAGCAAUUUACUUGUUUUUUUCACUUAUGGAAAAUAUGCGUUAGAGACUGAAGUUGCAGGAGGUAGGGAGAAUUAAAGGAAGAGAAAAAUAGGUACCAUAAUAUUUAUGAAUGAAGCCAAGAAGAAGAAAAUAGAGUCAUAGUAUUAUUUUUGAUUUCUGGAAUCUUUUUCUUCGAAUUGCUGUUAGAUUAAUAAUGGGAUUAGACAGAGGUUCCUUGAGAAACCAGUUUUAUGUCUCCACUAGAUUUAAACUUUUCACUCUGCUUUCUGAAUACUCUUUCACUCUGAAACCCAUUUUAAGUUUGGAUUUUUUAAAAUUCUAUACUAACCUGGUUCAUAAACAUAAUUUUCCUUGUCUUACCCAGCUAGAUGUAGAAUGGUAUUUUGUGCUAUAUAAAAUAAAUUAUAGGAGCCAGUGUAAUUUAUUCAAGCUCUGUCAGAGACGUUGGCAUCACUUUGCAUUUGUCCAAAUAAAGGUACAACAAUGUAAGGUCUUAGUCAUUUGCAUAAGGACUGAAGAAAAUGCAUUGGAAAUAGUAGCAACUAUGGGUACAGUAUUGCCCUGGCUGUUUUCAAAUAGCAGUCUCUAAUUAGCAACAGAGGUACCCAUGCAGUUUCUUUUGUUAUUUUUCUUUAGCUAGAUUUCAGUCCAGAGCUACUGGCAGCAAUCUGGUCCUUAUUCAUAACCCAUUGAAGUUAAUGGCUCUUGCUGACCAGUGAACUUUGGUGGUUAAAAUUUGUGGAGCUGGAGGAAGAGUGAGAUUUGAAAUGAUACUUCAGAGACCUGAAGAGCCACCUUUCUGAAAUGGGAGACUGUGGACACAGGCAACACUGAGAAAAUAUGGGAAGAGAACAGAAAAGUUCUGAAACAAGUAGUGUAAACCUGAGAUGGCAGUAGGGAAUCUGUUUAAAAGGCUGAAUUAAAAGUGGAUAUAAAAGUUGUUCAGUGCCUUGGAACAGGAAUCAGAAGACAGGGAGCAGUCAGCUGCAAAGAAAGGAAAUGAUAAAAAUGACUGACAGUAAAAAAAAUGUAAUUGAUUGUAUUCAUCAUUCAGGAUCAGUGGGCCUGGCAGAGUUAACGUUUCCAUUUCCAGCACUAAAGAUAUUGACAAAUUGCAUUAUAUCUGCAGAAUCUGUUUGCAUUCUUUGGUCUAGCUACCUAGGGUAAAUAUUUGCAUCUCGUUCAUUGCUCUUGAAGUACUGACUUGUAAUAUGACAGCAAUGUCAAGAUGCUUUGCAGUCUUUUUUCUGUGUCACAUUUCAAGCUUUCUGUUAGUUACUUGAGUAACAGUUCUAUAGAACUUCUUUUGCUUAGAUAUGAUUCUCUUUUCAAAAUGCAAUCUUUUGGGUUGCUUUGAGACUUAACAUUUUAUUAAAAAUUCAAUUCGUAUCCUCUAGAAACACAGAGAGCAUUUGUGAAAUGUUUUCCUGUCAUGACCGGAAUGUUUACUGCUUAUUGGCUGUGCAUAUUGGGAGAGGACUCUAAGGAUGGGUAGCAAAAUAGGUUUUGCUACCAUAAGAUUUUUUUCCUCCAUCCUCAUCUUAUGUCUCCAGAAGAUUUUGUUUUCAUGUUUUAGGAUUCUUUUUUCUUCUUUCAAGUGUUAUGGUUGUAUAAAAUGAAAGCCAACAAAACAGCAACCAACCUAAACCAAAACCCUCAUAGCAUGCUUUUUAUGGCAACGUGCUAUUGAUCCAUAUAGUGGAUUUCAGAUUAGAAGCAGGGCCAAGACAAGGCCUUUGGGCUGUGACAAGAGGUGGCCCUUGGUCUGUGCUAGAAUGUGCACAUUCUUAAUUAUCUUGCCUCAUUUCACUUAAGUGUCUUUCAUAUUCAGGUAAGUAAUGUGCAAAACUGCCAGAGUUUAUGGACCUGUUUAUGUGAUAUAUUGAGCGUCUGUAACUCCAGCCGUGUUUGCUGGACUUGAGGAGCACUGUCUCACACAGAGCAGCUUGUGGGAUCAGGUCCCUCAGCCUGCCAAGCUCCCCACUCUCUGUCUACAGCUACAGAGGAAGUGGUGGUCUGGGGAAGCUACUGCUAAUUUCAAUAUUUAGUUAUAUUCUGUGAAAGAUUUCUACUAGAGUAGUGUAUGGGCAGUAUGCUGCCCGUAAUUGGAUGUGACUAAAACAUUCUAUGUGCUGCUGCUUAUGCUGUGAGAACACUCUGCUUCUUGUUUUAUAACCCAGGAGAAAGAUAGAAGUCCCAGUGCCAAAGAAGUAAUCCAGAAAUACUUAAGGAGGUAUGAUUGGGCUACAAUGCUGAGGGAGUUUCACUGCAGAAUCAAGGUCUAAAGGAUAACAUUACAUGACUAGAGUGUGAUCAAGUGCUGCUGCUAGUUUGAGUGUCAGUGUUUCCAAGACAAGUGUGGAAUUUAUUUGCUUACCUUAUUAUUAUGAAAUAUUAAACUUUUCUGUCCUAUGAGUUGAAAUUUGAUAUGUGAAGCUGUCCUAUGUUCAUGGACUCAAUAUUAGUUUGAUCUGUCAGGGUUUUUACAAGUUUAUUGUCAAGAAAAUUAAUGAAUGCUGACUGGGAACAGAUAUUUUACUGAAAUGGUAGUAAAUCAAAAAGAGAGUAGUGUAGAUGUCAGGUUGAAAAAAGGGAAUGAACUAAGAAUCUUGUUACUGGACAUAUGCACAGAUUUGUUCCAGAUUAUGUAGAUAGAAUGUAUACAGAUAUAAACUGCCAGUGCUGUAUUUUUCUAAAGUGGUUGUGGCAUUCUACAUUCUCUUCCAAAAUACUAUUAUCUGUCUAAAUAAUUCAAAUCCCCAAUGAGGUUCUGUUUUUUACAUUGAAUUUCCAUUGAAUUUAACAGUUACUUUAUUCAUAUUUGCCUUUCAGAAAUAAGCUAGAAUGUUUUUUUGUUGAAGGAUUUAUACUUGAUCAGUUACUAAUAUGCACUUUCAUUUCUUAGUUUUAAGUAUUUUGCAUCAAGCACAGAUGUAUUUAAGUUGAUAUGUCCUGAGGAAUGAUAGAACUUCCAUUAGCAGAUUAAGAAUAUGUUUUUUAGGGUUUUUUCAUAUUUUAAUUAUGGAACCUUGGGCAUUUCUGAUUCUGCGGGUGAUGCAUGUAUGUAAAACUGUUUGCAGAUCAGGAUUUUUUUAAUACAAUAUCUCUCCCCUCUAUGUGGCAUUAACUUUGGGCUAAAAUCAAGGAGUAGGACUUAGCCAGGAUCAAGACCUCAGUAGCAACCCCCUGUGGAAUUUAGUGGAAGGCUCGUGUGUGAUGUCUACCAUAAGGGCCUUAAUUACAUUUUCUUACUUGUACAUAUAGUUAUCAUCUAUGCAAAUUGGCAUUUUCCUAAGUAAAGUGGGUUAAUGCUUUUCAAACAUCGCUUGGACUUUACCUUGUGUGUCUGUGUGGGUAUGUGUGUUUGGCCCAAAUAAAAAAAUGGAGUUUAGUGCUCCAGAGCCAGUAUCUCCAGCUAUUUUGACAGGAACUCAGGUGGAAUUUGGAACCAGUGUGGCUACAACAGGAAAGGGUGGAAGAAUUUGCAGUUAAACUUCAGGAUGUUCAAGGAAGAUAUUCAAAGCUAAGCUUGAAAUUCCAUUCUUUCUCUUUUCCAAGAUGCAAGAGGGUGAGUAACUUGUGCACCCCUAACACGUAAAACCAUUCACACUUUGGAGACCAUGCUACUGCCUAGGCAAAAUAGGGUGAGUAAAAUAUGCAGUGUCUCAUCAGCCUUAAAAAGUAAAUAAUUUUUCACAGUUUAAACACUAUUUGAAAACAGUGUGGCAUUGGCAAUCCAUUUUAAAGAGUCCCAUUUUUAAGCUGAUAAACUAAACAGCAUGUUUAUAAAUGGGAAACCUCAAUAAGCCUUCUUGUUAAUCUCUAUACAGCAGAGGUAAGAGCUUGAUCCCAGUUUGUGUAAAUAAAAGAGUAAAGCUGAUUCAAGAAAAUUAUCAUGGGGUAGAAUUUGGAAAUAAAUGAAACAAUCCAACUCCAGAUUAGUCUUGAUGUGACACCAUUACUACUGCAGGUAAAUAAAUGACAAAUACCUAACAGUGUGAAUAAAUACAAACUUCUGUAUUGUGACACUUUUUCACAGCAAAGUAUUUUAUGCCACAGAAGGAAUAUUCCUUGUAUGUUGUUCAAUAUGAGUAAACAUACCACAAUCUGGUCUCAAAGCAGAUCUUUUCUUCCAUAUGUUCCUAUUGUUUCCAUAUGCCCUUUCUGUCAGAUGAAAGCAAUAUAAAAACUAAGCCUGAAAAGUAUACUAAUUAAUUGUAAAUAUUUAGGCAGAAAUUUAUAUACAUAUUGACAUAUAACUAAUAGAUGUAUCUACAUACAGAUUUUCAUACCGUGUAUUAUGCAUACACAUACAGACGACAAGUCUUGACUAUUUUGUUAGUAUUGGUAACAAAUGUCAGUCAUUUCAGUAUGUAUAUUAUCUGUGUAACAGAUGGGUACCCAGACUUUGCUGACAGGAUUUUAGCACUAUUCAAAUAUUUGUUCUUUAGGGUAUGCCAUGGUCUUCUGACAUUGAGAGAAGUGAUUAAAUAUGUGGGGUUUGACAUAUUGCUACUUACUGGAGGAAAAAUAUCAAGAAACACUACUUUGCAAUAAUGAAGUACCCUUUUAGAACGAACUAUGCUGCUACUGACUUGUGUAUUUAUAAAUAAAAGAAUGAUCCCAUGAAGAAUCCA